AUGCAAUUAAUAUUUAUUAAAUGUUCUGAAAUUGAUCAAAUUUGUUUGUUGCACACUCCAACAUGCGCUGUUCUACUUUAUCUACUUUACUCCUCCCGCAACUCACUUAUCUCUCUUGUUUAUGCUAUACACCAUAUAGGUACCUCACAGUAUAUGUAUGUCGAAUUUGUAACAUCACCGGCGGGUCCAUUGCUAAACACAGGAUUUCAUUUCAAUGUUGGCAACUGGCCAGGACAUGUCGAAACGGCAGGCAUAAAGCAUGGCAUUUGCGAUUGGCUGCUUAGUUCCGAUUCACUUAAGGACAGUAGCGCGAGUGAAGGCAUUUUCCUGAGUAUUGCCCACUGGUAUCCACCGAACACAUCAUGCAGUUAUCACAUUAAAGGACGAAUAGGCGAAAUAGUGCGUUUAUAUUUUCCAAGCUUCCGCAUUAAUCGCAUUGAAUCACCGAUACUGAAAUACGAUGGCGACUGUGGUGAAUCGUUGACAAUUUAUGACUCUGAUCAUCCCGAUCCAGCGCGUAUAAUAAAAACAUUUUGUGACACCUUCUCACGCCCCAUGGAAAAAGUUGACUUUGUUUCAACAAGUCCUUCACUUUACGUACAAUUCGAAUCCAAGACGGGCUCUUACAGUGGCAGUUCACUUUAUUAUUGGGCGCACUAUGACUUCUUCAACAAUACACGUUUUGGCGAUCCUGUACCUAACACACUUUGCGAUGAAGUCAUGUAUGCUUGGAAGCAUCCUGGUGGUAAAAUACGUUCACCUAUGAAUUCAUUGAUAUUUAAACGUACUGGUGGCUCAGAUGUGCGUUGUCAAUAUAAAUUUGUUACCGAUCGUCGUCUAUACGCACGUGCCAUCAUUGAAGUCUCUUCGGUAUCAUUUAAAGAAUUGCCUUACAACAAUAAUGCUUGUACACGCUGCCAUGAAGAACGUGUUGAUAAAUUGGUCAUAUGGGAAGAGCGUGAUAAAUUUCAAAAUAAUUUAGCUUGCUUCUGCGACAAUAUACCACGUACGGUACGUGUAAUAUCAUCCGCUGAACAAAUGAAUCUCGAAAUGAUCGUACAAGGCCAACAUGCAAUAACUUCUUACUUUAAAAAUCCCAAUCCACUUUUCGAGGCGUCGUAUGAAUUUGCGCAUGGACCGCUCUGUGGCCCUAUAACAUUAGGACCCGCACCAGAUGGUGAACUAGUAUUUCCAUUGAAAAAAGCUUUGGCCAUGGUAACUGGUCCAAUGGCGCCAGCUGAACAUCAUUACCGUCGCGAAAAGUGUAUUUGGGAAUUGAAAGUGGCAGCACAGCGCGAUAUUUGGUUACAUUUGGAGAAGGCACGUUUUGGUGAUCGUACAUGUGAGAGCGCUAAAAUUGAAGUCUAUUUAGCUGGACGCUUAGAACCACGUUUUAUUGUUUGUCCUGAAAAUAUAUCAUUAGCACGUGAUUUACCUAUACUCUCAGUAUCAGAUUUAGGUGCAUUAGAAGCUGAUUCAGAACCACUGCCAGUUUUAAUACAAUAUACGGGUGACGGUCAACCUGGUAAAAAUGCUUUCCGUUUAGUAUGGACCGAGCUGUUCCAUUUACCGCGAAAUCCCGACGGUAGUCUAGCCUCGUCACUGUUGCAAGAUGCUGGCUGUGAUUUUAGAUGUCCUGGCAACACAGACGUCUGUAUACCGCGGCAUUUACUUUGCAACGGCAUUGAGAAUUGUCCGAAUGUGACGCACUCAUCAACGAUGGCUCAACUAACGCGACACAUUGAGUGGAAUUUGGAACAGCUCGGCCUGCUGAAACAUGCGAAACACUAUAAAGAAAUGGUGUUGCAUGAUGAAUCGCCAGAAAUUUGUUUAAAACGGGAACUAACAGAGCUGCCAUAUUUUAAAAUAUUACUUAUAACAAUUGGUUUAAGUUUAAUGAUGACUUUAUUUGUAGCGAUUCUCUGUCGCAUGUGUAGAGGGACAGAUUAUAAUAAACGAAGCAGAUUCUAAAUAGAGUGUGAGGGAGUUAUUUUUGUAAUUGGGGAAAAAUAUCUCGUUGCAAAUUGUGUUGAAAAAAAAAUUGUGAAAAAAAUUUAAUUAAAUGGUAGAUUUAUAAGCUGUACGAAGGUUUAAUGUAUAACAAAAACCAAAAUAUAUUA